GAGAUAAACACUGUCAAGUGAAAAUAGACACUCCCAUGAAAUAAACUGCCAUUGACAAAAGUUUACGAUGGGGUUGCUCCGUUGCUAGGACGGCCUCUCGACGUGCUCCUUUAAUCUUUCUAAAUGUUUGUGCAGACCUAGUGGGUGUUCUUGUUUAUAUAAGUAUGCUAUAUACGAUAGGGUUAACAUGUAAGCCGAUCGAAACCUCAGUAAUACUCUGCAUGCCAUGGAGGCGUUAAGCUUUUGUGCCAUCUCCCUAGCCACGGUAAUCUUCCUUUGGUUUCUCAAGCUCACAGCCUCUUGGGGCGACAAAAGCAAACCCGCCAAGAAGAACCUGCCCCCGGGGCCAUGGACGCUUCCCAUCAUCGGCAGCCUCCACCACCUCAUCGGUGGCCUCCCACACCGCAAGAUGACGGAGCUCUCUCGCCAGCACGGCCCGCUGAUGCUCCUCAAGUUCGGGGAGGUCCCAAACGUGGUGGUCUCGAGCGCCGAGGCGGCGGAGCUGGUGAUGAGGACCCACGACCUCGCGUUCGCGACCCGCCCCCGCAGCGUGACGCUCGACAUCGUCGGCUCCGGCGGCAAAGGGAUCGUCCUGGCCCCCUACGGCGACCACUGGCGCCAGAUGCGGAAGCUCUGCAUCGUCGAGCUCCUGAGCGCCAGGCAGGUGAAGCGGAUGGAGUCCAUCAGGGCGGAGGAGGUGGCCCAGCUCCUCCGCUCCAUCUCCGCCGCCCCCUCCGCCAUCGUCAACCUCAGCGAGGCGAUGGCGGUCUUCUCCAACGACAUCAUCGCGCGCGCGGUGUUCGGCGGAAAGUGCGCCCGGCAGAGCGAGUACCUCCGCGAGCACGGAGAGGUCGUGCGGCUCGUGGCGGGCUUCAACCCGGUCGAUCUCUACCCGUCGUCGCGCCUCGUGCGGUGGCUGAGCUCCGGCGAGCGGAACAUCCGGAGGUGCCAUGGCGGCAUCCAGCGCAUCAUCGGCGACAUCAUCGACGCGCGCAAGGCUGAGCGCGAUGGGCAGGGUCCCUGCAGCAUCGACGAUGAGGACUUUCUGGAUGUGCUGCUCAGGCUGCAGGAGGAGGACACCUUGGCGUUCCCUCUAACGCCAGAGACUAUGGGCGCGGUCAUCUUUGACAUGUUUGGAGCCGGCAGUGAGACCUCCACGACCACUUUGGAUUGGGCUAUGUCGGAGCUCUUGAGUACCCCCGAAUCUAUGGCGAAAGCGCAGCUAGAGGUUCGGAAAGCACUAAGACAAGAAGGAGCUGUCAUCACUAAUACAGAACUUAGUGAACUGCAGUACUUGCGGAUGGUCAUCAAAGAGGUGUUUAGGUUGCAUCCCCCUGGUCCUCUACUCGUCCCCCGAGAGGCUAGAGAAGACUGUGAAAUCAUGGGUUACGACAUUCCGAAGGGCACCAAAAUACUCAUUAACUCCUUCGCAAUUUCAAGGGAUCCUAGAUACUGGGACAACCCAGAAGCUUUCAGACCAGAGAGAUUUGAGAACAAAAAUGUGGAUUAUAAGGGAACAGACUUUGAGUUCACUCCAUUUGGUGCUGGGCGACGGCAGUGUCCUGGGAUGUUGUUUGGGACGUCAACCAUGGAGAUUGCAUUAGCAAACCUUCUAUACCAUUUUGAUUGGGUGCUUCCUGAUGGAGCCAACCCGAAGUCGUUGGACAUGUCUGAGAAGUUUGGGAUGGCCGUAGGUAGGAAGUCUGACUUGAAGCUCAUAGCCAUUCCAAGUACAUAGUCAUCUAUGUUUACCAACAUGGUUAUACAGUUUCUUAUGUUUACCUAAUAUGGUUGUAUAGUCCUCUAUGUUCACCGAAUAAGAUUAUAUACAUUUGGACUUUCCUUGCACAAGCAUUUCUGUUUGUGUUUUCUUGAGGGAAAAACAGUAGGGUUAUUUAGGUUAAAAACCUACUGUAAAAUUUAUAGAGUGAAAGAAGUUAAUUA